UAAUAAAAACAAACGAAAGAAAAAUAUUGUGCGAGGCAGUGUGAAUUCUGAACCAGAAGUAAAACAAGAUUGGAGUAAAGUCAUUUGAUAAGAUUCUUACUUAGGAUGAAGGCUUUUUGUUUCAGGAACGAAAUUGAAAUUGAAAUUGAAACGCUAAAAUAGAAGAAAGAGACGAGAAGGAAGAAGAUGAAGAUUGAGGAAAGGAGGUGGACGACGUCGCUUUUGGUAUUGGCGUUGGUGGUAGUGUGGUCGACGUUUUCUUGUAGUGAUGGGUUUGUGGCGCCUCGAUCGAUGCUUGACAGCUUGUCUGGAAGCAAGAAUUACUUGACAACUGAUGAGCUCUGGUUCAACCAGACCCUCGAUCACUUCUCUCCUUAUGACCACCGUCAAUUCUCGCAGCGCUACUAUGAAUAUCUGGACUAUUUUCGAAUUCCAGAUGGACCAAUUUUCCUGAGAAUUUGUGGCGAAGGUCCGUGCAAUGGUAUCGCCAAUGAUUAUAUAGGCGUUUUGGCAAAGAAGUUUGGAGCCGCUGUGGUGUGUCUGGAGCAUCGCUACUAUGGAAAAAGCUCACCUUUUACAUCACUGACUACAGAGAACUUGAGAUAUCUCUCAUCAAAGCAGGCGCUUUUCGAUUUGGCUGUUUUCCGUCAAUUUUAUCAGGUAUCUGUAAAUCUGAAGUUGAAUAGAACGAAAGUUGAAAACCCAUGGUUUGUUUUCGGGGUUUCGUACCCUGGAGCUCUGAGUGCAUGGUUCCGCCUCAAGUUCCCUCAUUUAACAUGUGGAAGUCUUGCCAGUUCUGCGGUUGUUCUUGCUGUUUAUAACUACACGGAAUUUGAUCAGCAGGUUGGUGAGUCAGCUGGUCCAGAAUGUAAAGCUGCAUUACAAGAAACUAAUCAGCUUAUUGAAGAAAGAUUUAAAACAAAUGGGAAAGCAGUGAAGAGGAUGUUUGGUGCUGCCGAGCUUGAGAUUGAUGGCGAUUUCAUGUACUUUCUCGCAGAUGCUGCUGCUAUAGCGUUUCAAUAUGGAAAUCCAGAUAAACUAUGCAUUCCUCUAGUUCAAGCAAAGAAGAAUGGAGAGGAUUUGGUGGAGGCAUAUGCCAAAUAUGUUAAGGAGUAUUACGUUGGAACUUUUGGAUCUAGUGUUCAAACAUACAACCAAAAGCACUUGAAAAACACUACUCUUGGAGAAAACAGUUCUGACCGGUUGUGGUGGUUCCAAGUUUGUACUGAAGUUGCAUAUUUUCAGGUGGCUCCUGCAAAUGACAGCAUUCGCUCUUCAAAAGUCGAUACAAGAUACCAUUUGGACCUUUGCAAGAAUGUCUUUGGAGAGGGCAUCUAUCCUGAUGUUGUUGCAACAAACACAUACUAUGGAGGCACAAAAAUUACUGGUUCAAAAAUAGUGUUUACAAAUGGCUCUCAGGAUCCAUGGCGUCAUGCAUCAAAGCAGAGUUCAUCUCCAGAUAUGCCUUCCUACCUCAUCACUUGCCAUAAUUGUGGCCAUGGAACUGAUUUGCGGGGAUGUCCUCAAUCUCCUUUAAGCCCUGAAGGUGAUGCACGUAACUGCAGCUCCUCUGAUGCGGUUACCAAAGUAAGGCAACAGAUAAUCGAAAACAUAGACCUAUGGCUCUCUCAGUGCCAAGACAGAGAAAGGAGAUAUGCCUGAUUUGUCAUCCCCGAUAUGAUAAUAUAUGAGUUGCUACGUGAAUCAUCCUGUUUAUUAGCAUACCAUAGCGCAUAUUAGAAGCAGAUAUGGGGAUGUUUUAGUUGUAUUAUUGCUGUAAUUGACUUGGAGACAAAACUUGAUGAAACUCCAUUAUAUCACCUUUGAAUUACUCUCAAGAAUAACAACAGGUAACAUUGUAUUUAUGAGAAAGAACAAAGAAAACGUUCACUGCAAUUAAUAUUAAUUUCACGUGUUUAUUGUUUUUA